UUGCAAGUACAACUCAAAGAGCAAAGUCGAUAAAAUCGGCGACACAUAUAUAGAUUUCGUUCCAUUCCGUAAGUUUCUCGUUCGGAUCGUGUGUCUCAUCAUUUAGGAAGCGUGUGUAUCAAUCAAUAUAGCUUUAAAUAAUAUUUACAUUUUCAAAAUAUCGUACAUUAAGCGUAUAAUUGCACUUAAGUUGCACUAUGGAUAAGGAGACAGAAGAAGAGCGAAGAGACAACAAUUCAGAUGAAGAAAAACAAAACGUCUCUCCUGAAUCAUCGGAGGUAGAAGAUUCUGAAAUGGAAAAGUUACGAAGAUAUCUAAUCCAAAAAUUGAGACUUAUCGAUUUGUCAACAAGUAAUCAAAGUGACCAGUCACAACAAAAAGUUCUUCGUGAACUUAGUUUAGAUGGAGUUGUUGAGUACAUUAAAGAAAAGCCGGAUUGCAAAAUUGUUACUAUGGCUGGUGCUGGAAUCUCUACCUCUGCUGGAAUACCAGAUUUUCGAUCACCAUCUAGUGGGCUUUACCAUAAAUUAGACAAAUAUAAUUUACCUUAUCCACAGGAUUUUGAGUUAGAUUUUUUCACAAAAAAUCCUGAACCAUUCUUCACACUUGCAAGAGAAUUGUUGCCAGAAGGAUUUCGACCUACGAAGAGUCAUUAUUUUAUUCGUAUGCUAUGGGAAAAAGGUCUGCUACUCAGACAUUAUACACAAAAUAUUGAUACACUGGAACGUGUAGCUGGAUUACCUUCUGAAAAAUUAGUGGAAGCUCAUGGAACAUUUCAUACUGGUCGUUGUCUUAAAUGCCGAGCGCCAUAUAUGCUCGCAUGGAUGAAAGAAAAAAUCUUAGAAGGUAAUAUACCAACGUGCGAAGAAUGCAACGAAGGUGUCGUAAAACCUGAUAUAGUCUUUUUCGGUGAAAUGUUACCUGAACGUUUUCAAGUACUUGCUGAUCGAGAUUUUGUAGAAGCUGAUCUUUUAAUUAUUAUGGGAUCAAGUUUGGUAGUACAACCUUUUGCAUCGUUAGUAGACAGAGUACGAGCUACUUGUCCACGUCUGCUUAUCAACAAUGAAAAAGUAGGUAUGCAGGAUCGUUUAUCACGUUUCUUAGGACUACGUCAGGGUUUGAUGUUUGAUGCCAAGAAUGUGCAAGGAGGCCGCGAUAUAGCUUGGCUGGGCGAUUGCGAUACUGGUUGCCAAUUACUGGCUGAUAAACUUGGCUGGGGGGAUGAAUUGCAAACUAUUAUCCAAAAAGAACAUGACAUUUUGGAUAUAAAAAAUCAAAAUGACAAUUUGGAUGUAAAAAGUCAAAAUGACAAUUUGGAUGUAAAAAGUCGAAAUGAGAAUUCGGAUGUAAAAAGUCAAAAUGACAAUUGAUAAUGAUAUUGCAUAUUACUGGUGAAUGAUUGAAGAGUUUUUCUCUAAGAAGAAACAGAAGUCAUUUUAUUCGCAUUUUAUUUUAUCUUAAGAAUAUAUAUGGAUAUGAAAUUUUAGUUAAGAUAGGUGGUAAAAACACUGUUGAAACAUUAGAUAUCUGCACGAUACAAUACAAUACAUUAAAAAUGUUA